AUGCAUAAGGUGAUGGCAAGAUCACCUCAAAACAGGUCAAUGCAGAUCCAGUUCAGCUUAGGAGCAGAAGGACUGGGAAACCAUGGAUUUCCGCAAAUUGGGUGCAAAAAUACGAAGAGAACAGUGUCGUCAGCAGUGACAGCAAUAUUUUUGGUGUCGUGGGUGUCACUGACAACGUCAGUGUCAGCUUCUCCAGUGCGGAUCGUUUCACAUGCUUACAGAUCCAAUCCUGUCAGUGUUGCCAGCAGUCCCGUGUAUCCGAUUGUGCAGCAGUCAUUGCUGAGGUCCCCAGCCAACACCAACCGACCAACAGCUCUUCAGUCUACCCAGAGCUUUCAAUCAACGCUGCCAUCAUUCCCAGCAACCAACCCUGUGCCACAGCCCCCAACGAGUCCCGGAAAUAAUUUCCUCCUGAAAGACACCACGGCUGGUAAAACAACCGCCACUUUCACCCCCUGGGACGCCUUGAAAGCCAAUUCCUUCCAGUCUGCUCCACAUCAGUCCAUCAACGACUGGGUCCCCUUUUCCCCACUGCUGGCAACCCAGGUAAACUACAGUCUCCCUAAUCUCAAUCCUGGUGAAGGGUUCUCACCCCAUUCCAAGAGAUCAGCGACAUCUAACCGCAAACGCCCCAAGUCCCGCCAAAAACGGACAACCACGCCUGCGACAAAUCCUCCUCGGGUAACCAAUCGCAGCAAAAGAGCUUUCACGCCGACCCCGCCUUCGAAAUUUAGAAAACCGAUAGUGAAAGCCAGCAAAAAACCCAAGAUGGCCGCGGAAUUCUUCGAAAUAAUUUUGGCCUUCGUGGCCAAAAAUUUUGACGAUUUAGUCAGACAAGCAGCAGCGAAUCUUCAAACCCCAGCAAUAACCACGACUUCGCAGCCUUUGAUGAACGUCACGGUUUUGGGGGAACUGAAAAGGUUUCCUGCGAUUUUCGAGACCUGGCCCGAGGAUAAUGUUGAUGUGGAAAAGGCAGGAGUAGCCCUGAAGGCAUCUAAUGCUUUUCUCGACCAAAUCCUGGAGACUAUGAAAUCAGAGCAAUUCCCCACGUCUACCGACGCAUUGUUCAAGACAGGGAUCGUCAAGGAUUCGAAUACUACUUCGAAUUCGACGGAAAAACCCAAGGAACCCGGCACGAAACACGGAGUCUUCGUCACUUUCUCUCACACUAUACCCGGACUUCUUCCCAGGUCUAUCCAGCAGAAACCUACGAAACAAAAAAUUGAAAUCACUGCUUCAAAAAUGCCGACUACUUCUAUGCCUGACCCGGAGGUGGAGAAUUUUAAAUUGGCUUCGCCGGAGAAUUUCAACGAGUCUUUCGAGUCGUCGAUGAAAUUAGGGGCUAGGACUCAUGAUGAACUUUUGAAUGUUUUGGAAGACAGCUUUCCGAAAGUGGAGAAUAUCCCGAGGUCUGGUGAGGACCCUGUCGAAAUUCGCCAAAAACGGCAAACCCGUUCAGUUUCGGUAAAUAAUAAGUCGAAUAAUAAGUCUCCUAAUAAGACUGCGAAUGCGUCGAUUACUGCCUCAAGAAAACGAAGAACUCUCAGCACUGAUUCCGGAAAUCAUACUGCAAAAGUUUCAAAUCACAUCAGUUCAACCACUGAACCACAGCAGCCUGCUAAUUCGCAGGGAAAUCGAAAUCAAAAUCAUCCUCCGAACGCCGAUAAGUCUGCGGAAAGCCAAAAAAAGCAAAAGGCGAAAAAGGACAAGAAGUCCCACAGCAAAAUCAAGUCGAGCAAACGCAGCAGUUCCUGGGAAAAAACUCGGUCAGACGUGAAAGGCACACCCAUGGAAAAAACCUGGAAGCUUCUCAACUCGUUUCUGGAAAGAUUCUCUCAGGUUCUCUCAAAGGUCUUCAUCCCUCUGAUCACGAAUGUGACCACAGUGGCGCCAUCACAGAGCACCAUGAACCCUUACGAGGUCUCGAGUGCACAACCGGUCCCGCCAAUCACGCCCCAGAUGAAACCCUCGGAUAGUCUCCUACUGGUUCCAGUUACCCAGGGCCAGGGGUUGCCCAUGGAGGACCCGUCCUUGCUGCACUUUCCCCAACAGAGUCUCGGCAACCAUCAAUACGUUCCUCAGACACUGCCGAAAAUGCCUGAGGCGCCGCAACCUCAGACCAGACUCGUGGAUAAUCCUCAGCAAAUCCCCGGGAACAAUGUUAUUUGGAUUGACAAUCAGCGCAGGACGAGACGGAAACGAAUGGCGAAAGGAGGAGAUUCCUUUGCUUUGUCCAGUCUUUCGAACCCGACGAACCCAUGA